AUGCCCAGGCAUUUGCAAAAUCCUGCGCUCAGCACCUUGGCUAGACAACAGCUGUGCCUAUAUCUUGAGGAAAAAAUAAGGCUGAAAUGCCACCCUCGGCAGGUGCUCCCACAGCCUGCCCUUCCAAGAUGCUCGGCCCUGCAAGUGAAGAGUAUAGUGCUUCUACACACCCUACACCGAGACCGAGCACCCAGUCGGCCCUGGGUGCGGCACAAGGACGAGCCUCUAACGGCUGCCAGAACCAACGGCUCCCCAUGCUCCCGCCGUGGCUCGCGCGGGAAGCAGCCGGCGCCUAUUCGCUCGGCGCAUGCGCGGCCCUGCCGCUCGGGCGGGCAAAUUCAAACCUGCCUCUCGCCCCUUCUCUUUGUCGGGGUAGCAGUUGCGCUGACGUCAUUGCACCGCGUCCUUCUUCUCUGCGGUUUCCGGCGCUCGCCUGCGUGCACCGUUUCUCUCCCCCUUCCCUCAGGAGUGGGCGGGCAAGGGCUUUCCGCACCGUCUCCGCCAGGAGCGGACCCUCUUCUCUCCUCGCCGCCGCUGCGGAGGGAGCGAGAGGCUGUCACCACGACGCUGGCGAUGGCUUCGGGACGCGCGGAGGCGGCGGCACCGCGGGUGGCAGAGCUGGAGGAAGACCUGCGGAGUCUGGCGGAGGAGCUGAGCCGCUGCCAGGCUGAUAAAGAAUUUGUGUGGUCUCUGUGGAAACGUCUCCAAGUGUCAAGUCCAGACCUUACUCAGGCUGUCAGCUUGGUUGUGGAAAGAGAAAAGCAGAGAGCUGAAGUCAAGGACAGAAGGGUUUUAGAGAUUUUGCAAGCCAAAGACAGCAAAAUAGAAACCCUAGAACAGAGACUCACAGGACAGCAGCAGGACAUAAACAACUUAAUACAGAGCAAAAUUGCUGUGGAUGAGGAAAAUGCCCGUUUGAAGAAUGAAUUCAGUAACUUGAACCAGAAAUUUAAAGAUAAAAGCCAAGAACUUAAGGACACUGAGGAAUGUGCACAGAAGAAGGAAGAGCAAAACAGACUGGUUAUAAAAAGCCUGGAGGAGGAAAAUAAGGGAUUAAAUACAUGCUGUGCUGACCUGCUAAAUGACCUGGAGAAACUGAGGAAGCAGGAGGCGCAAUGGAAAACAGAAAAAUCUGGAAAUGAUGCCAGAAUAAAGAAUUUGGAAACUGAUUUAGCAGAGGCAAGAGAACAAAUGAAAGAGUUGCGCAAUAUAUGCAGUAACUUGUCAUCUCAGGUAGCUAAGAAACAGGAAGAACUCUCCCAAAAGGACUGUGAUGUGAUCAGAGCUAAGAAGGAGUUACAGGAGCUGCAGAAUCUUUACAGACAAAACGUUGAACAUACAGCUCAGCAGGCUGAGCUGAUAAAGCAGCUUCAGACUCUAAAUACUGAUACAAAAAAAGUACUGAAAGACCAAGAAGAUGCUCACACAGCUGAAACAACAUCAUAUCAAAAACUUUAUAAUGAAUUGACUUUAUGUUUUGAAACUGUUAAAACAAGUGAAAUUCAACUGCAGCGAAGCUGUACCUCUCUUCAGGAUCAGUUACUUGGAAGAGAUCAAGAAAUUUCUCAGUUACAAGAGCAACUUCAGCAGGCUCGUGAUGCUUUAAAUGCAGUACAUCAGAAUUCUUCUCCAAAAUGUGAAGUACAGGUAUUGCAACAGCCUUCUUUAAGUGAGCUAGAGUGUCUUAUUACAAUGCAAAAAUCUGAAAUCGAGCUUUUACAGGAAAAAUUGAAAAAAGCAAGUCUUAACCUAGCAGAGCAUGAUUUGUACACUAUGGAUACUCUGGAAAGCAACACUAUAAGGACUGGAAGAAAGCAUGAGGAACCACCUGUGAAACGUUCAAGGUCUCUGUCCCCAAAGAGCCUUUUUAGAGAGUCAGAGGAGCUAAGGAAGCUUAAAAUAGCUGAAAGGAAGAUUGAAAACUUAGAGAAGACACUACAGCUAAAGACUCGAGAAACUGAUGAGCUAAGAGCAGCCCAUGAAAAACGCAAAGAGAGGCUGCAGAUGUUACAGACCAACUACAGAGCACUAAAAGAGCAGUUAAAGCAGUGGGAAGAGGGUGAUAGCAGGAUUGAAAGUAGUAAAAGCAGAUAUGAGCAUGCAGACCCCCAUCAGCUUUGUCAAGAGGAUUCUGAUGCUGUGUGGAAUGAACUGGCUUUUUUCAAAAGGGAACACAAGAAGCUGUUGAUUGAAAAACUGAAUCUAGAAGAAGAAUUGGAUCAGAUGAAAGUACACCAAUCUGUGGGUAGGUUUGCAAUACAGGAGUUCAUAUGCUUACAACAAAAAAGGGAGGAGCCACUUUUUAAACUUAGUGAAGAUGAUGGGGUCAAGAACAGUACUCUAAAGAGGAGUAUGAAAGAAGUUUCACAUCAGCCGUUACAGAAGGUACAACAACUAGAAAGAAGAUUCAAAGCUAUUGAAGGGGAGUUAAAGAAACAAAAAGAAGUAAAUAAAGACUUAUUGAAGGAGAAAAAUGAUUUGAAAGCAUCUUUAAAAGUGCAAGAGGAAGAUGCAGACACAAGAGAAAGAGAGCUGGAAACGCUACUUAAGAAGAUUUGUGAAAUAAAAAAAGACAAAGCAGAACUUCAGUUAGUGAUUGAUGAGCAGGAAAAAGAAGCUGCCUCUUUGAAGAGGCAAGUGGCAGAAGCUAACAGGUUGAGAAAUGAAAACGAAGAUUUGCUGAGUCAAGUGCAGGAGCUGAAGUGUUUGCUGGAUGAAGCCAAAUCAGUGGCAACCUUUGGGCAACGUAAUUGCAAGAUAACAGGCACCAAGGUUAAAUUAAAAACAGCCAAGAAAAAGAGCUCUCUGGGACAUGAUGGAGCUUUUCUCAAACAGUCCAUCAAGGUUAUGAGUAAUGUAUUUGAGAACUUCAGUAAGGACGGCUGGGAGGAUGUGAGUGAAAGCAGUGACUCUGAAAUACCAAUUUCUGAAGGUUUGGAAACAGUUAUUAUGAAGACAGUGCAAAACAUUGAUCCACUGCCAGACAAAAGUAAACAACAGGGAAAAAAGCGAAUACAAGACAGUCAAAAGCCGCGCAGUAUUGUUCAUUUAGAAGGCAAAAACUGGAAGUAUAAUAAAAAGGGCCAUUCACAGAAUAAAGACCUAGAAAACUUACAUUCCAAGAGGAGGAAGAUCUGCUGUCUCAUAACAUCUUAUCCAUCAAUUCUAAGCAAAGUGAACAGAACAAAAAGGAGAAAUAUCAUUGUCCAGAAACCGGCCUACUCUGUUGCUCUACUGCAGGAAAGAAUUAAGUCAUUGCAGCAGCAGAUAGCUGUUUUACAGAAUGAAAAAAAGACAGCAGUGUCUUCUGUCAAGGGAUUUAAAGAAACCAAUGAAAAACUAACAACUCAGCUACAUUUGGCUGAUCAGAUACUUCAAACUAGUAAACUGACCAUAGAGGUGUUGACCUCCAACCUGGCCAAGUGGCAACAGGAGAAGGAAGAUUUACAAGGAAAAUUAAAGUUGAGAGAACAUCUGUCUCAAACUGCUGGCAAGAGUGAAGCCACACCAGCUCCUUCAAAGAACAUUGAUUCAGAGAUGAAACAGCUGCAGUGCAAACUAAAGAAUUCGAAUAAUGAAAUCACUAAGCAAUCGACCACCAUUAAGUCACUAAAAAACAAAGUCCAGGAAAAAGAAGAACGGAUUCAGGAACUACAGGCAAAGAUUUCUCGAUUGGAGAGGGACCUUAAUACGAAAAGACAUUUGAUAGAAGACUUACGGUCUCAUCUAAAAGCAAAUCAAGAAAAUGAGAAAACCUCUAAUGAAACAUUAGAAAGUCUUGAGAGAAAGGUAAAGGCACUGGCUGAAGACUGUUCGAACAAAAAAACCUCCAUUGACUCACUGAAGCAAAGACUUAAUGUAGCUACAAAAGAGAAGUCUCAGUAUGAGCAGAUGUAUCACAAGGCUAAAGAUGAGUUGGAGAAAAAGCAUCUCAAGCUUACCAAUCUAGAGAGCAAAAUGAUUGAGACAGAAUGUGCCAUGACUGAACUUGAGACUACUGCAUCUCGACAACUACAUGGCUUGGCUAAACAGAGUGGGCAGGCUUUGGAAACCGUACAGAAGAAGCUGCUGCUCACUAAUGACAAAGUAGAAGAGUUCAUUACAUUUGUGAAGGCUCUAACAAGAGAGUUACAGCACAGCGUACAAGAGCUGAGAACAAAAAUCAAACAGGCAAAAAAAAGGGGAGAAGUGAGAGCAUGCAAAAAGGGUCUUUCACAAGAGUCUGUUCAGUUGGCAGCGUCUAUCCUUAAUGUUUCAACAACUGAUCUUGAGGAGAUACUAGAAGUAGAAGAUGAUGAGGAAACAGCAAAGACAAAAAUGGAAUUUGAAAAAGAUAAAGAAUGGCUGCAGUAUAUACAGAAACUUCUUGAAGCACAGUUUCCUUUUGCCUCAUACUUAAUGGAUGCCAUACUGGAAAAACUAAAUGAAAAGAAGAAACUGGUAGAAGAGUACAGUUCUCUCAUGAAACACACUGUAUGA